AGACGUGGUAUAACUACUACUUACCUAUAUAUACUCCAGGGCAAAUUGGAUCAUCUAACUGUCCCUUGACUUACGUGCAUGCGCACACCUGGUGGAGAUAUUCCCCCAUCCCCGACCGAUCCGAGAGGGCGUGACCCCAGUGAAUUUAGCGAGGGCAGCAAGCUUUCUCGGCCAACUCCCAGAGCUCAGCCGUGGUUGGAUGAAGCCAUCGCUGUCACUUCGAUGGCGGAAGGUAAUAUGGAGCUAUUGAUUGUACGAAGACUAGCUAAGUGCAUACAUUAUAUGCAGGGAGGGAAGUUACGUUGUCGCGGAGGGACAUAGCCGACGUGCUGGAGGAGUUGCUGGAAGCUCAGACUCACUCCUUCGAACUCGGGUUGAAGCUGAAAUUGGAAAUCCACGUUCUGGAGGCCAUUCAUAAGGAGCAGAUUUCGUCCAAGUGCCUGCUCAAAGUCCUCGCUGAGUUUCUGAAGCAGACACAGCCUCCGCCCACUUGGAGAGUGAUUAUAGAUGCCCUCAACAGCCGCGUUGUCAAUUUGCCUCAGCUAGCAAAUAGAUUGGAAGCAGCUCAUUUUCCCGAACCAACGUCCACACGAGAUAUAGCCCCUAUACACUGUAAUGUUACUGGGCCUACAGUUUACUUUCACCCUGAAACCUUUUCAACAGGAAACAGUGAUGAGACCGAAAUGUUGGAGACACAAGUUCUUCAGGAGCCAGCAGUUGUCAGAGGAAGUGCCGUAUAUGAAACACCCAUAUCAAAGUUACCUGAGAAGGAUCACGGGGAAACAGCCAGUGCUAAGAACACAGGGAAGAAAAGGUUUUACAGCCGCCAAAUUUCCGUGUUCCAAUCUGAACCUCUUGGCAGUGGUGUGUAUGGGGAGGUGUGCAAGGCCAAAUGUGAUGGCCUACCAUGUGCGGCCAAGAUUUUCCAUCCUAGAAGCUCCGACCGUGACGCAUGUUCCAUACAUCGUCUGUGGGAGGAGCUCAGCUCAGCCAGGCAUCCCAAUCUUGUCCAAUACCACGGUCCAUACAGUGAUCCAAAGUUCCCACUGCCAGUUCUCCUCAUGGAGCUCUGUGGCGAAAAUCUCCACACGUUCUUGGAGCGAUCCCCGGGGCCGCUGCUAGACUACGCACAGCUCAACCUGACCCACGACAUAGCUAUGGCUCUGGUCUACCUACAUUCCAAUGACAUCAUUCACGGAAACCUCACUGGAAACAAUGUAUUGGUGGUGUCUGGGACUAGAGCCAAGGUCACUGAUUUCGGUUUCUCUGAGCACUCAGCUAUAGAUCUUCGUUUCAAGCCCCCAAAUGCACACUACAUGUCCCCUAAUGCUCUUGAAAAAGGCGAGAUUGCCAAAUUGGACGACAUCUUUUCCUUUGGUGUGGUCGUGAUCCAGAUCUUAACCAGGAGACCUCCCCAGCCAACCAGUCUCUCUGAGAAAGUAUUUAUCCCCCAGUUUGAGCAAAAUUGGACAGUAUCCGUUCCUGAAACAAAGCGGCGACAGUCUGACCUCAAAAUAAUCGCGGACACCAACCCGCUCAAGCCUGUAAUCCUUCAGUGCCUGCAGAAAGAUAGUGAAAACUGCCCUUCGGCCGAGCAGCUUAGUGAGAGGCUUUCAGGGCUAAAGCAGUGCACCAGAGAGCAACAAGAAGGCAUAAUGAGCCGGGAAUUGCAACUAGUGAAACGAGAAUGUGAAGACCAGAAGAAAUUGAUCCAAGUCAUGGCAGGAGAAGCUGAAAAGCAUCUCGUGCAAAUUCGUGAAAGCGAGAUCGCCAUCAACACACUCAACGGACGUAUUCAAGGGUAUGAACACACAAUUGAAGAUCAGCAGAGGCAAAUGCAAGAGAACCAGAGAGCCUUGGAGGAGCAUUACCUAAGUAUCAUCGCAAGCAGAGACAGGGAAAUUGAUGCCAAAGACAAAACACUUCGAGAGAAUGUGCACGCCAUGGUGAGAGAAUUGCAGCAGACAAAGGAGCAAGUGCGAGUCCUGCAGUCCAGUCUUGCACAGAGGGACGAGAUCAUCCGAAAUCUCCAGGACACUGUCACAGGACAGGAGAAGGUGAUUCAAGAAUUGAACCAGCAACAACCCACAGGCACAGCUAAUCAACAGCAACAGCGAGAGGAGGAGGAAAUUGUCCCAGUGGUAACGACUGUGUGGAGUGAGGGGAUGAAUGCACCAGAGAAGAUGUACAGAGGGGCAGCCGUAGUGCACGAGGACACGGCUUUCUUCAGACCAGUCAACUCACACAACGUCUAUUCCUACAACAAUGUCCUUGGGACAGAGCGUUGGUUUGCGUUGACUGAUAAUCCCAACUGGAACUUCGGUCUGGCCGUAAUCGAAGGUACACUGACCAGUGUCGGAGGGUCCACCAACCAAUUGCUGAGUCUGAUACAAGUCGAGGGGAAAAGGAGACAGUGGCAGGCAGUCUUUCCUCCCAUGCCAACGCAGCGGAGCAAAGUGGCAUGCGUCAGCACUGAAACGGCCCUGGUGGUAGCUGGCGGUUAUACCACGGAGAGGUAUUUGAGUACCGUGGAGGUAAUGGACAUCGGGACUCUACAGUGGACCACUGUGCGUUCACUCCCGCAUGUGUGGUCAGAGAUUUCUAUUGUUCAUCAACACGGUGCCCUAUACCUAGCUGGAGGCAUUACAGACUCUGGAGCAUCCUCCGCCUUCCUCACAUGCACUCUAUCCGAUCUCCUGUCGUCUACUCCUUCCAGGCCACGUCAGGGGAAAAGCGCUUGGAAAGAGCUCUCCAGUGUACCAGUAGCCCAGUCUACACUUGUUCCGUACCGCGGUCGCCUGUUAGCCAUUGGUGGGAGGAGCAUCUCUGGAAAGAAUGCGUCAGAGGUAUACCUGUAUAAUCCUCAUAACAACUCGUGGAACAUUCUGGAUCACAUGAAGGUUGGCCGGUCAAUGUGCCUCGCUGUCACCCUGCCCGUUGACCGGCUUGUUAUUGUGGGAGGGUACACCUCAUCAGGCCAUCCAACUGACAGUGUCGAGAUCUUAGAAUGCAAAACUUGAGGCUAUAAUUAUAUUUCACUUUU